AUGAAGGUCUCAACGGUCUGGCAAGCUUUGCUUCUCUUUUUGUCUGCGGGCAGCACGGUGGCUGUCGACGAUGUUGGUGGUCAGCCAGGAACGAUACCCGCUACUUUCCCACCUUUUCUCGGGGGAAACUCGCCAUGGUUUCCUGGUCCGAAUGUAACUGGAAUUCCUUAUGAAGUUCCUGAAGGAUGCACCAUCGACAUGGCUUCCAUCACCAGCCGCCACGGUUCCCGCUACCCCGACCCGGCAGUGUACAAGCAGUGGCUGGGCCUUCAGUCCAAGAUCAAAAACGCCUCUGCCACCGGCGAGGGAGCCCUCUCGUUCAUCUCGUCGUGGGAUCCCACGCUCAAGAACCCGGGUCAGGUCCUGACUCUUCUGUCCAUCGGCGGCUACAAGGAGAUGUACGACAUGGGCACCGCCUACCGCUGGAGAUAUCCCGACCUGUACGCCGACAACAGCAAGCCGUUCAUUCUCUGGGCAAAUGCAUUCUUUCCCACUUCUCCUCGAGUGAUCGACUCGGCCAAGCUCUUUGCCCGUGGUUUCCUGGGCCCGAACGCCACGACCCUCGGGACCGUGUACGUGUUGAACAACACCGAUCCACGCGGACUGGCGAACUCGCUUGGAGUGUCGGACCUGUGCCCCGCGUACAACGAUACCAUGGGCGGGUCGUCGGCGUCCAAGUGGGCGAAUACCUACCUUCCUCCAAUCGUGGAGCGAGUCAACAACCUCACGAAGCCCAAGGGCGCCGUCAACUUCAACACCACGGACGUCGCCAUGUUCCCGCUCCUCUGCGGCUUCGAGAGCGAGAUGAGCGGCCAGAGGAGUCCGUGGUGCGACGUCUUCAACGAGCAAGAAAUGCAAGCGUACGAAUACUCCCAGGACCUGCGCUUCUACUACGGCCACGGGCCGGGCUCUUUCAAGAACAGCACGUUCAUGUUACCUUUCCUGUCAGCGUUAGUCUCGCGCUUCACGGAUGGCCCGAAAAAGACAUACACGUCCACCGAUGGGACGACCUUCACCCCACCCGCCCUGAUCGUGACAUUCACCAACGACGCGCAGAUCAACCAACUGGUCAGCCAGAUCGGCGUGUUUGACGACCAAGAGGCGCUGCCGUCGGACAAUAUCCCCAAGAACCAGCGGUACAUCUCGUCACGAUACGUGACGAUGCGCGGCACCGUCGGCUUCGAGCGACUGACCUGCACCGCCGCGAGCGAGAAGAACAACCAAUCCGCGAGCCAGUUUCUCCGCGUCAUCCUCAACGACGUCGUGUACCCUGUCGUGGGCUGCGACUCUGGACCCGGCAGCUCGUGCCCGCUCGCCCAGUACGCGGAUCUUGUGGCGCAGAAGCAGACCCAGGCUGGAACGUUUGUAGACGCGUGCUUUGGAGCCAACCAGACCGCGGCGAAGGCGACUUUGGCAGCGGCGGGCAUCGACGGGACCCCGAGGACGACGUUUCUCACGGACCUGGCUGUUCCGUUUGCGUUUAAAGUGAAACCGUAG